CGCCGCCGCCGCCGAGCGCCCUUCCCCCUCCCUCCCUCCUUCCCUCCCCCCCUCACGACGACACGUCCCCUCAGAAAAUAAACAGAUUGCCCCUUUCAGAAUGGCACAGUUCAAGCGCCAAAAGCAGCUGCGAACGAGCAAUCUUCAGGGAGCCAGAUCAUUCUCAGGAACCCAACCAGCCUCUUUAUUGGGACCGGCACCCGGCCUGUUAAAUCCUCCUAUCUCAGCAGACAUCAUUCAGGCAGCACGUCACCUUCAGGGGGGAGAGAAGCAACGAGUUUUUACUGGUAUUGUUACCAGCCUUCAUGAUUACUUUGGAGUUGUGGAUGAUGAAGUUUUUUUCCAAUUGAGUGUUGUCAAAGGCCGGAUUCCUCAGAUUGGAGAAAAGGUGCUGGUAAAAGCUGUUUACAACCCUAACCAGUCAGUGCCAUGGAAUGCUUUGAAGGUCCAGAUAUUAUCAAAUCAGCCCCUUUUGAAGCCCCCUACCCCUCUUCUCCAUGUGACUUCUUUGGGACAGAAGCAAGGCAUUCUGGGAGCCCAGCCUCAGCUGCUAUUUCAGCCUCACCGAAUUCCACCCCUUUUCCCUCAGAAACCAAUGAGCCUCUUCCAGACCUCUCCAUCACCCCACUUGGGUCAUCUUGGGAGAUACACCGGCCGGAGUCCGAAGAGCAGGCAGGACUCGGGCAGAUGGGAUGACUUUGAUUCCAAGAAGCGGAAGCAGAAAGGCAGUGAGCCAUGGGGAGCGAAAAAGCCACGGCAUGAACCCCCCCAGUACCGGGUCCAGCUGGCUUGCUAUGCUGUGAAUAGCCCUUUUUGUGAUGCAAUGGAGAUUUUGAGGCGUUACUGCAGCAUCCAGCUGCCCAAGGAGUUUUGUGGUGUUCGCCUCUCUUGGCUGGAGACCUUUCCUCUCACUCAGCCACUGACCCUCCAGCACCCCAGCCGUAUCCAGGUGGCCAGUCCGGCUGAAGAAGCGGCCCAGGCGGAGGAGGGGACUGUGCAGGAUGCUCCGCUAGAGGAUGCCAGUUCGGCUUUCAGUGCCAAGGUUUUGCUCUUGUCUUCUCCGGGAAUAGAAGAAUUCUACCGCAAUUGUUUGCUAUAUGUUGAAGAUCCCAGUGACCAGAGGGAGAGUCCUGAACAUCCAGCAAAGCAAAUUAAGUUCUUGCUGGGAAAGAAAGUGGAUGAAACAGUGCUGAUUGGAGGGGAGUGGUCUCCGUCUCUGGAUGGUCCCGACCCAGCAACAAACCCAGCGGUUCUGAUUCACACCGCCAUUCGUUGUACCAAGGCACAGACUGGCUUGGACCUGAGCCACUGCACUAAAUGGUUCCGGUUUGCUGAGUUCAUAUAUUUGCGUGAAGGAAGCCAGUCUCAUCAGGAGCAGACAGUGGUCUUCCUACCAGAUAUUUGGAGUUGCAUGCCAUCUCUUGAAGAAUGGGAGACACUGUGCAAACAGAAAGCAGAAAAGCCUCCGGCACCAUCAGAAGAGAAAUCAGAGAUGGAAGAAGAAACUGAAUCUUCCUCUGAACCAGUUCCUGAGCAGGAAAUGGAGACAAGCGAGCAGGAAGUAGACUCAGUUGAACCUGUUCCUGAUCCAGCGCUUGAGACCUCUGCACCUGAACCAGAGGCUCUGUCGCGUCGCUUGGAACCUGCCAUUAUUGUUCACCAACAACCAGCCUCACCGGAUGGUCAGCCCAGCUGCACAAAUCUCUCUCUUUUCACCCUGCUGGAGUACAGGCGGCAGCGAGAGAAGCUCUCUUUUGAGGUGCUAGUGGUGGCAGAGUUCUUCCAGGAGAUGCUUCAGCGGGAUUUUGGCUACAAGCUAUACAAAGCCUUGCUGGCACUGCCGGAAAAAGAAGAGCCAGUGGAGGCAAAGCAUUCUGAGCCAGAGAAAACAGCUGACUCUGAGAAGGAGGCAGAGAGGGAGCUGAAAGAAGAACCUCCAGAGAAACCUGAGGCUGAAGAAGUGCCUGACAAUCAGAAGGAGACUCAGAAGGAGGAAACGGGGGAUGCAGAAAAGAAGCCAGUAGUUCAAGAUGGGGCUAAUUCAGCUAAGGAGGAGAAGAUCAGUGGGAAUGUUAAAUCAGAACCAAAGGAUUCCACAGAUGACCUCUGUGAACUGAGCCUGGAGGAUGACCUUCUGCUGCUAAGGGAGGAAGAGGAAGAGGACUUUGGAGUCAAACUGGACGAUGCUGAAGUGAGAUCAGUUGCAUCCAACCAGUCAGAGAUGGAAUUCUCUUCACUUCACGAUGUGGCCAGAGAACUGGACCCAAGUGCUGUGUUGCCAUUGGAUGCCCUACUUGCCUUUAUGUACUUUGACUUGAAUCUCUGUGGCUACUUGCACAGGAAGGAUAUGGAAAAGAUCUUCCUUACUUUAGGACUUCAUCUCUGCAAAGAACAGGUGAAGCGCCUGGUGAACAGAGUGGUGACACAGUUUGUGUGCCGCUACCGAAGCCUCCAUUACAGCCGGCAGGAAGGGACCGAGCCAAGCCCUGAGGAGGAACCAUUAGGCAACCUUGCUCUCUUGGGUCCAUCUUCCUCUGAGCCUCCUACAAGGUCUGCCACAGAGACUCAUUCUGGCAGUCUAGUGUCCUUUAAUGGGGCUGUGCUCAAUGUGGACAAACUACUUCAAAAGGCAGAGCAGACGCAAAACAGCCGCCUUUAUCUGGAGAACAAAAUUCAUGCUCUGGAGCUGAAAUUGGAAGAGACCCAGAAUCGCUUCUCAGCCACAGAGGCUUCCAACAAGGCCUUGACACAGGAAGUGCAGGAGCUGCAGAAGCGCUUUGCCGAUCUGGAGGAGCAGUCAAAAGUGACCGAGAGGCAAAAAUCUAGUUUCCAGAGGCUGCUGCAAGAGAAUAAGAAGCGCCUGGCUCCACUGCAGCUGGAAAUUCAGAAGAUCAUUGAGAAGACCAGUAAUUGUUUAGAAAAGAAGGAACCAACGCCUGCAGCCGUUUCCAGUAACUGACAUACAUCGGAGGAGCAGCUCAACUGGGAGGAUCUGUAUCCUGGAAGGAUGUUCUUUGGGCUGUGGGUUAGCAGUUGGGGUAAGCCUUUCAAAUCCCCAGCUCUUUUGCUGCCCUGUGAAAGGCCAGGGCUGGUUUCCCUGCUAAGCCACCAUCCCCUCAGAUUUGGGGCAAGGGUCACCUAGCCUAAGCGUGGCUGGGAUGCACAGGUCGUAUGCUGGAGCCAGUGUUAUUGUUUAAAGGAUACUCGUUAGGUAGGCGUUUUGAUGGUCUAUUACAUGAGUGGAGAAGCUGCAGCGUAGGUACUCUCAGGAUGUCUUCCAGCAAGCUUCAGAAGCGAAACUUGAGUCCCUGCAUUGAGCCUAAUGCAGUUGUAAAGGGACAGCAGGGGCCAACAGCUCCCAAGGACAGGGCAUGGCUAGUCUCUUUGUGCUGCAUGGAGGCUUCUUUUCCUUCCAGCCCUCUCCCUCUGUUUCUCUUCACCACUCCAGCUUUUACUCAAGGAGGUGAUGUUUUGCCUGCCUUUUGACAGGGAGAGGCUUUCGAAGGGGAAAGGAAGCACCAGAAUUUGUAGGACUUUAAACAUGAGAACUGAUGCCCUGGGCUCCUGCCUCUGUCCUGCAUUCAGUACUGCAGGCUAGUGUUGUGGCUGGCACUGUGGUUUGAUUUUAUAUCCUGGCAUAUCCAGUACAGGAUUUUACCCAUUUUAAGGAAAACACCACCACUUGUCAUCAUCUCCAAGGUCUUGAGUCACUUGUUUGCCAGACAUAGCUUUUAACAGCUCAGCAAUCUGCUAUGUUUUUGCUAGCCUUGAGAUGCAAGUGAGAUUUUGGGCCCCCAUGGUCUGGAUUUUUAGGGUUUGGGCCCUGGCCGUAAGGUGACUGCAAUGCAGUUAACUUCCAUUUAGGGAAAAGUAGCAGAUGGCAGGAGAGGCUGUGUGGUAGGUAGCCCAUUGGGUCACUGUGGUAGCCUUUAGCAGAGUAGUUGGUGGGCCUGUGCAAAGCCAUGGCUGGCCUUGGGACCCCCCUGCAGUAGCAUCUUGGCUGCUUCUGCCAUGACCUUCUGCUCCCCCUACCCUCCGGUGUUUUGUCACUUCUGAAUGUGUUGCUUUUAGUCUGUAAAUGUGGUAACAACUUGUAUUUAACUGGCCAGGUUCCCUUUUAUAAAACCUCUUCCUCACUUCAAA